AUGACCCUGACUCAUGAAAAACAGUGGGAAAAUGCCACCUGGCUGGUGACAGAGUUUGUGCUGGUGGGUUUCUCCAAUCUCCCAGACCUGAGGACCAUUCUAUUCAUGCUAUUCUUCCUCAUGUACCUGGUCACCCUCAGUGGCAAUGUCACUAUCAUCACCAUCAUCCACAUGGAUCAGACCCUUCACACGCCCAUGUACCGCUUCCUGGCGGUGCUGUCCCUCUCUGAGACCUGCUACACGCUGGUCACCAUCCCCAAUAUGCUGGUUCAUCUGCUCAUGGAGAGCCAGGCCAUCUCCAUUGCUGGCUGUCGGGCUCAGAUGUUCUUCUUCCUGGGCCUGGGUUGCAGCCACUGCUUCCUCCUGACCCUAAUGGGUUAUGACCGCUAUGUAGCUAUCUGCUAUCCCCUGCAUUACUCAGUGAUCAUGAGACCUACAGCCUGCCUUUGCUUGGGAGCUCUGGUUUUCUGCUCAGGGUUCUCGGUGGCCUUGAUCGAGACCAGCAUGAUAUUCUCCUCGCCCUUCUGCGGCAGUGACCAUGUAGAGCACUUCUUCUGCGACAUCGCCCCAGUCUUGAAGCUCAGCUGCGCUGAGAGUGCGGGCAAAGCUCUGGCCAUCUUCUUCCUUAGCAUCCUCGUGGUGCUGGUCUCCUUCCUCCUCAUCCUCCUCUCGUACGCCUUCAUCGUGGCCACCAUCGUGAGGAUGCCCUCGGCAGCCGGCCGGCACAAGGCCUUCUCCACCUGUGCAGCCCACCUCACCGUGGUCAUUGUGCAUUUUGGCUGUGCUUCCAUCAUCUACCUGAGGCCUGAGUCUGGAGGAAACCUCAACCAAGACCGCCUGGUGGCUGUCUUCUACACGGUGGUGACGCCGCUGCUGAACCCGGUGGUGUACACUCUGCGCAACAAGGAAGUCAGGGUGGCUCUGAGAAGGACCCUGGCACGAAGCUGCCGGAUUUUUAAAUAAACGUUUGCUUUACAUUUCGGCUCUAGCUUUUUCAUGAUCACAUGCGCGGCCUGACACUCAGUUUUUCCACCUGGAAAACACGGGCCACCCCAAGAACCUUAAAUGAAAUAGCCUAUAUAAUAAAACAAUUAACUAAUAAUGUCUGAUAUCUAGUGUGAACUCUGUGCAGGUUGCCUUCUCUUUUCGUCUUGAUCACCUUGACUUUGUGGGGAGUGCAGCGUGGUCUGCAGUGCAGGAUAGUCACCAGUGGAAGGUGCCACUGACUCUGCCCAACCUGGACAGGCAAUGAAGGGUAGUGAUUUAAUCAGCAGUGAGCAGGGAUUGCUACUGGUUCCAGUAACUCUUUAUUUUGUCUCAUUCAAAACUUUUCUCACUUUUUCUGGGG